AUGCAAUUUUGGAAUGUAAGCAAAUCCCAUCAUGCAUAUGUCAAGAUGUCAGCCCCCACGAUGUGUAAAUUUUUGUCUAUUUUGAAGUUUUCGGUACUUGUGGCAAUACUUAGUGUUAUAAACAAUGCCAUAUUUGCAGGCUCAGUCGAUUUCCAUGAUUAUUUCCUGUGUAGAAAAUGUGGUCAUGAAAUUGUCCAGGUAUCAGAAAUGGUGAACAUUCCAAGCAAGCUUGCAAUGAGACAGAGGAAUGACACGUUCAGACCAAAGCGGGGUGUGCUUAUACAACUGUUCAAAAAUCCACAUGGUGUACUUUAUGAAGUAGUGACCUCUAAAACAGCCAGUGUCCUAAGAGCCAGCAAGGAAACUGGUGGAGACACCUGGUGGCCAGGAUUUAAUUGGAUUAUUUUAGGAUGUCCACAGUGUAGACAGCAUAUAGGAUGGGAGUAUAUUCCACAAGAUAAAACAGACAAAGAACAGACAUCAUUUUAUGGACUGGUGCUUGGCAAUCUUUUAUAUGAAAAUGAUGCAGACAACUUGAUAGUUUUACCAAAGUCAUAUAACAGCUGACAUGACUCGUGAGGGGUUUUGGAUUAUAUACUGUACAUAUCAUGUGUAAAAAUUAUGCAUUUGUAUUUGAUUUAAUUCAUGAGUGUCUUUGGAAUAUGUAUUUUAAAUACCAUGCAUAAAGAUAAUGCAUUAUUAUAUGUAUCUCAUAUUAUUAUAUACUCAUUAAAACUCCGUUAAGUUUCAAUGGGACCUGUAACGUCAAUAUUUUUCCAUAUUGACGUUCAAGUUUGAAAUUCAUAUGGGGUGUGUGACGUCACUUGUGACGUCAGUUUCAUUUAUGCCAUCGCGUUUAAAAGUUCUUUAAUGACGAUAUUUUCAAUUUCACUUUGGCUAAUACAAAAUUUAAAUAAUUUUAAGUGUAGAUGUGUAUGUAAUAAAAAGAUUAUUAGAUUUGAAUGGAGAAAUAUGCACUUUUUCUUUCGAGGAUUAAUAUUGCGCUCAUAAAGUCGCGCACUAUUUUCAGUGUGAAACUCGUGCAUAUUUCUUGAUACAAAUCUAACAACCUAUAAAUCUAUGAGUGGUAUUGGACUUCGUGUUUUAAAUAUCUUAUGUAAAGAUUAUGCAUAUUUGUAUGUUAUAAGAUUAAGAUUAAGAUCAUUGGGAUAAAGUAUUUUACAUGAUUAUUAUGUCUCCCCCAGGAGACAUAUUGUUUUUGCCCUGUCCGUCCGUCCGUCCAUCCGUCCGUACGUCACACUUCAUUUCCGAGCAAUAACUGGAGAACCAUUUGACCUAGAACCUUCAAACUUCAUAGGGUUGUAGGGCUGCUGGAGUAGACGACCCCUAUUGUUUUUGGGGUCACUCCGUCAAAGGUCAAGGUCACGGGGGCCUGAACAUUGAAAACCAUUUCCGAUCAAUAACUAGAGAACCACUUGACCCAGAAUGUUGAAACUUCAUAGGAUGAUUGGUCAUGAAGAGUAGAUGACCCCUAUUGAUUUUGGGGUCACUAUGUCAAAGGUCAAGGUCACAGGGGCCUGAACAUUGAAAACCAUUUCCGAUCAAUAACUAGAGAACCACUUGACCCAGAAUGUUGAAACUUCAUAGGAUGAUUGAUCAUGAAGAGUAGAUGACCCCUAUUGAUUUUGGGGUCACUCCAUCAAAGGUCAAGGUCACAGGGGCCUGAACAUGAAAAACCAUUUCCGAUCAAUAACUAGAGAACCACCUGACCCAGAAUGUUGAAACUUCAUAGGAUGAUUGUACAUGCAAAGUAGAUGACCCCUAUCGCUUUUGGGGUCACUCCAUUAAAGGUCAAGGUCACAGGGGCCUGAACAUUGAAAACCAUUUCCGGUCAGUAACUUGAGAACCACUUGACCCAGAAUGUUGAAACUUAAUAGGAUGAUUGGUCAUGCAGAGUAGAUGACCCCUAACGAUUUUGGGGUCACUCUGUGAAAGGUCAAGGUCACAGGGGCCUGAACAUUGAAAACCAUUUCCGGUCAGUAACUUGAGAACCACUUGACCCAGAAUGAUGAAACUUCAUAGGAUGAUUGGUCAUGCAGAGUAGAUGACCCCUUACGAUUUUAGGGUCACUCUGUUAAAGGUCAAGGCCACAGAGGCCUGAACAUGGAAAACCAUUUCCAAUCAAUAACUUGAGAACAUCUAGACCCAGAAUGUUGAAACUUCAUAGGAUGAUUGUUCAUGCAGAGUAAAUGACUCUUAUUGUUUUUGGGGUCACUCCGUUAAAGGUCAAGGUCACAGAGGCCUGAACAUUGAUAACCAGUUCCGAUCAAUAACUUGAGAACCACUUGACCCAGAAUGUUGAAACUUCAUAGGAUGAUUGAACAUGCAGAGUAGAUGACCCCUAUUGAUUUUGGGGUCAGUCUAUUAAAGGUCAAGGUCACAGUGGCCUGUUCAUGUAAAAUCAUUUUUUGGAAAUAACUUGAGAACCACUUGACCUACAAUGUUGAAACUUAAUAGGAUGAUUGGACAUGCAGAGUAGAUGACCCCUAUUUAUUUUGAGGUCACUUGAUCAAAGGUCAAGGUCACAGGAGCCUGAACAGUGACUUGAGAACUACUAGGCCAAGAGUGUUGAAAUUUAGCGGGAUGACUGGACAUGCCAAGUAGAUGAUCCCUAUUGCAGCCAACCAUCAGUGUCUCUUUGACUUUCCCUCCUGACCCCUAUUGACUUCUUGCCUAUAGGACUUUGCAUUUGGGGAGACAUGCGCUUUUUUACAAAAGCAUUUUCUAGUCAUGUAAUCAUUAUGCUUAUGUAACACACGAGGGUAUUUAUAUAUUUCAUGUGUAAAAAUUACACAUUUGUAUGUGACAUAAAUCAUAAAGAACUUCAGAUUUUGUAUUUUACAUAUCAUGUGUAAAGGUUAUGUAGCGGUGUAAUGUCAUUACUCAUGUGGGGAUUUGGACAGUGUUUUUUAGCUCACCUGUCACAUAGUGACAAGGUGAGCUUUUGUGAUCACCCUUCGUCCGUCGUCAGUCCGUGCGUGCGUGCGUCCGUCCGUCUGUACGUGUGUCAACAAUUUCGUGUCUGCACGAUAGUGGUUUCAUUUAUGAUUUUAUUUUAACCAAACUUGCACACAACUUGUAUCACCAUAAGAUCUCGGUUCCUUUCUUGAACUGGCUAGAUCCCAUUAUGGGUUCCAGAGUUAUGGCCCCUGAAAGGGCCAAAAUUAGCUAUUUUGACCUUGUCUGCACAAUAGCAGCUUCAUUUAUGAUUUGAAUUUAAUCAAACUUACACAAAACUUGUGUCACCAUUAGAUCUUGGUUCCUUUCUUGAACUGGCUAGAUCCCAUAAAGGGUUCCAGAGUUAUGGUCCCUGAAAGGGCCAAAAUUAGCUAUUUUGACCUUGUCUGCACAAUAGCAGCUUCAUUUAUGAUUUUAUUUUAACCAAACUUGCACACAACUUGUAUCACCAUAAGAUCUUGGUUCCUUUCUUCAACUGGCAUAAUUCCUUUAUGGGUUCCAGAGUUAUGGCCCCUGAAAGGGCCAGAAUUAGCUAUUUUGACCUUGUCUGCACAAUAGCAGCUUCUUUUAUAAUUUGAAUUUAAUCAAACUUGCACAAAAUUUGUGUCACCAUAAGAUCUUGGUUCCUUUUUUAAACCAGCCAGAUCCCUUAAUGGGUUCUAGAGUUAUGGCCCCUGAAAGGGCCAGAAUUAGCUAUUUUGACCUUGUCUGCACAAUAGCAGCUUCAUUUAUGAUUUGAUUUUAACCAAACUUGCACACAACUUGUAUUACCACAAGAUCUUAGUUCCUUUCUUGAACUGGCCAGAUUCAAUCAUGGGUCCCAGAGUUAUGGCCCCUUAAAGGUCCAAAAUUGCCUAUUUUGGGUUUUGCAGCCAUAUAGAUACUUCAUUUAUGGUUUUAUUUGAUACAAACUUCCAAAAUAUCUUCAGCAACAAUAAAUCUUUGAUUCCAUGACAAAUCAGAUCCAAUCGUAGGGUCCAGAGUUAUUUUAUAUCUGAUUACCUCCCCUGAUUGUAAUCAAAAUGGAUUUAUAUCAGUAAGUACUUAUAGGACUUAUUUGAAAUUUCAUUAUUGUCUUUAGUUGGACUGAGCCAAUCAGGGUAGAUAACUAUGGACUGAUUUUAUGUCAAAUUACCCCCCUUUAUUACAAAUUAAAACGGGUAUAUCUUCGUAACUAAUGAAGAUACUGAUCUGAAAUUGCAUUUAUGUCAACCGAUUUAUUUGGAGAUCCUUCUUUUGUUCACUUACAAUAAUUUUUUAUUAUUAAUUACUUCCCUUUUAUGUUACUAUAAAUAGCUUAUUUUUAGUAACUUUUUUAUUAUUGGCCGUAGGGAAAAACCGAGACCACUUUUCUGUGGUACAACAUGGAUGGUACCUCCAAUUUUUAGGUGUAUUUUGACAUAUCUGUACCUUGUAAGAUUUUUUUUUCUUUUUGGUUAAAUUUCUUCCCUUUGUUGUUCCUGUCCUUUGGACUUAGAUAUUUUUUCUGAGGACCUUCAUGUCCUCAAGUGCAAUGAUAACAGGUGAGCGAUAUAGGGCCAUCAUGGCCCUCUUGUUUUAUACCAUGUGUGUUGUUGUCACAUUAAAAAGAAAGAUGAAAAUUGCUCAUUUCACAAUAUGCCUUUGUAAAAGGUUUAUUAUGUGGUAAUUGUACACAUGCACAUUAUUUUUGCAAAGUACUGUUUGCUUUCAAAGCCUAUUGCAAUUAGAGAAACCGUUAGCCAACAGCAUGGAUCCUGACCAGACUGCGCAGAUGCACAGGCUGGUCAACCAUGCUGGUCGCAAACGCACUAUGUUGGUUUUCUCAUGACGCGGCUCAUAUAUUGAACUUAAAGCUCAUUUUACAGUCCUGUAUUCUUUACCAUGUAGGUUUUCGCCCGUUCGAAAAAUUUCACUGUUACAAUUAUUUAGAGUACAAUAUUUAAUUUUAUGAAUAAACUGCUGAUUGUCUCUUGGCUUUUAAAGUAAUCAGAAUUUUAUAAUAGGUAUCAAUUUAGAUACUUUACUUAGGUUGUUGAAAUGAUUUUGGCUUGUCUUGGUGCUAUAUUGUAUGUUUUUUUAACUCCUAAAAGGGGUUACUAUGAUGAAAUCCUUUGCAGCAUAGAAAGUGUUGUUGUUCUGUAGUAG